AAUCAACCUUUUAUUGGUUUUAAAAUUAUUUCAAGUUUUAUUAAAUUUUAAUUUCCAACUAUUGUCUAUCAUAUCUGAAAUUCAUUCGAUUUCAUGAUUUUCUUCAUUUAAUAAAAAAAUUUCCAUAUCUUCUUCAUAAUUUCCAUUUUAAAAUUCAACUUUAAAACCAUUUUCACUUUUUCCCCUAUUUUUUCACGAUUUAUUAACUUAUUUUAUUUGAUUUAAAUUAUAAUAAUCGCAUAUAAUUAUGUAUUUUAACUUUUAAACUAGAAUAACAAGCCUCUAUAAAACCAAUGAGCUCUGUUGAUAUAACAGUGCUUGGAGCUGGGCAAGAUGUAGGAAGAUCAUGCAUAGUAGUGACAUUUCCAUCCAAAAGAGUUAUAUUUGACUGUGGAGCCCAUUGUGGCUUCAUAGAUCAAAGAAGAUAUCCUGACUUACAGCUUCUGGGUGAUGUUAAUGAGUAUAAUUAUCAGUUACAACUGAUAGAGUCAGUUAAAAAAGAGGAAUUUCCCGUAAAAAGUGCUCCGGAUGACCCAUUUUCACAUGAAUAUUCAGAUAAAGGUGUCAUAAAACAGGAAUUUGAUAAGGAUACUUAUAUGAAAAAUGCAUUAAAAAAGGCAUUAAAGAAUGUUACUAAUAGUGUAGACUGCUCUGUAAUAUCACAUUUCCACCUUGAUCAUGUAGGAGCACUUCCAUUCUUAACUGAACACAUUGGAUACUCCGGACCAAUAUAUUUGACAUAUCCAACAAGAGCACUUUGUCCCCUGUUACUUAGAGAUAGUGUCCAAGUUACAUCUACUAGAACAGUUCCUGAUGACCCAAACACAAUUUCUUCAAUUAACGCCUCGGUUAAGUCACUUCUUAACUGUCAUACAAACACGACAUACAACACUGAUAAGAGAAGAAAGAUAGAAGAAAGAACGGAUCCUUGGGGGUACUCUUUAAAUUCAGUAGCAGAAUGCAUGAAAAGAUCAAUUCCAUUACAGCUUAGAGCAACUGAAACCGUUGGUAACUUAAACCUGGUACCAUAUUACGCUGGACAUGUACUAGGGGCCUCAAUGUUCUUAUCAGAAUGUGAUGGAUUUAAAGUACUAUAUACAGGAGAUUUUAAUACAAUACCAGACAAACAUUUGGGACCUGCCAAAGUACCAACUUUGGAACCAGACGUUUUAAUUUGUGAGUCGACAUAUGCAACAUUUGUUCGACAAUCAAAAAGAGCAACUGAAAUGGAACUAUGCACAACAGUACAUGACACACUAAUAAAUGGAGGGAAGGUAUUAAUACCAGUGUUUGCAGUUGGAAGGGCGCAAGAACUUGCAAUCAUCUUGAACAAUUACUGGAAUAACCUAUCGAUUUCAUUCCCCAUAUACUUUGGCGGAGGAUUGUCAGAAAAGGCAACAAAUUACUAUAAACUCCACUCAAGCUGGACCAAUAAUAAUAGCAUAACUAACCUUAGAGAAAACCCUUUCUCACUGAGAAAUUUGCUCCAAUUUGAUCAGUCAUUUUUAAACGACAAUAGACCAAUGGUUCUCUUCGCAACACCAGGAAUGGUACACACAGGGUUGUCACUCAAAGCAUGCAAACUCUGGUCUCAAAAUCCAAACAACCUUAUUCUCAUACCAGGAUAUUGUGUACAAGGAACCGUAGGAAAUAAGUUAAUAGCAGGAGAAAAAACUAUUAAAACCAACAUUGGAGUGAUGAAUAUAAAAUGUAAAGUUAGAUAUUUGUCCUUUUCAGCCCAUGCCGACUCACCAGGAAUCCUACAACUGAUCAAACAUAUAAGGCCCAAAAACAUUGUUUUUGUACAUGGAGAAUUAGAGUCAAUGAAAAGAUUUUCAAAACAUAUAAAUAAUACCCUUAAGAUACCGGUAUAUUAUCCAUGUAAUGGGCAAACAAUAAAAUUUACUAAAGAUACUUCUAAAAAUGAUAUAAGAGAGGUUUACGUACACCCAAACAUAUUAAUUCACAAUGAAACAGUGGUCUACGGAUUUAAUUUGAAUAAUAAUAUUUACUUGUAUAAUAAGGAAACUUUGUUGAAAACCCUAAGCAAUGAAGAUUCCAGGGUUGGAGAUGUUGAGAAAAUUGUUAAAUCUACAAUGCCGAAGAUAAUAAACAGGGUAAAACUGACUGUUACACCAGACCAGUUUUACAAAUUGACUGAAUUUAUAGCUAAAAUUAUACAAAACUCGAAAGUGGAGGACAAAGAUUACACAACCAAGACUAGUUCUGAAGAGUUAAACUUUAAGUACUCAUCACUCGAGUUGGUAUAUAAACAUGAUAAUCUGACAAUCCAGUGGAACCAACACGACAUAAACUACAAAUUGAUUAAUUUGAUUGUGAAGUUAACCUUAAAACUGUUAGAAAACUCCUCUAACAACUGAUUUUAAUAUUUAC